UCACCACCAAAUAGACACCUCAUCAUCAAAGCUUAUUGCUAUUGCUUGCUCCCCUUUCUUUAAGAAACGUACACCAAAGCCCAAAACAAGAGAGAAUUGAGGAAAGAGAGAGAAUUCCUCUCUCACUUACAACUAUUCCCAAAUUUCUAUCUUUUUAUUUAUUUUUUCAUUUUAAACAAACCCCAACAAAUUUCCUAUUUCUUCUCCCAAAAAAUCAAAUUCCCUUAAAUUUUAUAUGAUAUAUUUUCCCAUGGAUCAUUAUCAUCAUCCAAUUACAAGAUAAAAAAGUUGACACCCUGAAGAUUUUAUUUUUCUGGAUUCCAUCCUAAUUAUAAGGUUCAGGUGCUGCUAACUAUUGAAUAGUAUAAACUCGAGAAAUUUGUUUGGUUGCUGUUAAUUGAUAAGCUUGGGCACUGCAAAGAAUUCAGCAGUGCCCGACAUGGAUGCCACGACAAGUGGGACUGAGACAAUUCAAUACUGCAAUAUCCCUGAACAACCCAUUAUUGGAUCGCUUGUUACCUCGCCUAGACCGGCAUUUCUUCGUCAAGUAAGACAUUGCUUUGGGGACUUGGUCCCUGGGGAAUUUCCCUUGGCAGCUAACCCUUCCAUCGUUCUUCAUGUCCUUACAGCGUCUAAUUUAGACCCCCAAGACCUCGCGAAAUUAGAGGUAACUUGUUCAUUCUUUAGGCACCCGGCAAACUUUGCCCCUGACUAUAAUUUAUCAAUUGCUGAGCUUGCUGCUCACGAUAUGUGCCAAAAGAGAGCCAUAUUUAGACCAAUGACCCCUGAACAAAAGGAAGAUUUGAAGCAAAGGUGUGGGGGAUCAUGGAAACUAGUACUUAGGUAUUUGUUAGCUGGUGAAGCUUGCUGUAGGAGAGAGAAGUCGCAAGCAAUAGCUGGGCCGGGACACAGCAUUGCUGUGACUUCAACUGGAACUGUUUACUCCUUUGGCUCUAAUAGUUCAGGACAGCUUGGUCACGGCCUUACACCUGAAGGGAACUCUGCUGAUGAGUAUCAGCCUCGCUUGAUAAGGUCCCUGCAGGGCAUCCGGAUUAUCCAAGCUACUGCUGGGGCUGGGAGGACAAUGUUGAUCAGUGAUACUGGAAAAGUUUUUGCCUUCGGAAAAGACUCGUUUGGGGAAGCUGAAUAUGGUGUUCAAGGUUCUAGAAUAGUAAAUACCCCACAACUUGUUGAGUCCUUGAAGGACAUCUUUGUAGUUCAAGCUGCUAUUGGAAAUUUCUUCACAGCUGUAUUGUCAAGAGAAGGAAGGGUUUAUACUUUUUCAUGGGGUAGUGAUGGGAAACUCGGUCACCAAACAGAUCCUAAUGAUGUGCAACCGCGCCCUUUAUUAGGUGCACUUGAGAAUAUACCGGUUGUGCAGAUUGCAGCUGGAUAUUGCUAUCUUCUUGCUCUUGCUUGUCAGCCUGGUGGCAUGUCUGUGUAUUCUGUGGGGUGUGGUUUGGGAGGAAAGCUUGGCCAUGGUUCAAGAACAGAUGAAAAAUAUCCUCGAUUGAUUGAGCAAUUCCAGACAUUGAAUAUUCAACCCAUGGUUGUGGCUGCCGGUGCUUGGCAUGCAGCUGUUGUCGGUAAGGAUGGAAGGGUUUGUACAUGGGGUUGGGGACGUUAUGGAUGUCUAGGUCAUGGAAAUGAAGAUUGUGAAUCCGCUCCUAAGGUGGUGGAAGGGUUGACUGAGGUCAAGGCAAUUCAUGUUGCCACAGGCGAUUACACCACUUUUGUAGUGUCAGAUAAUGGCGAUGUAUAUUCGUUUGGUUGUGGAGAAUCUUCAAGCCUUGGACACUAUGAUGGGACUGAUGGAGAGGGGAAUCGACAUGCUAAUGUACUUAAGCCAGAGCUAGUGACAUCUUUGAAGCAAGUAAAAGAACGAGUAGUGCAAAUAAGUUUGACUAAUUCUAUUUUUUGGAAUGCCCACACAUUUGCGCUCACUGAAUCUGGAAAACUCUAUGCAUUUGGUGCUGGCGACAAAGGACAACUAGGUGCAAAGCUUGGAGAGAAUCAAAUUGAAAGGGGGAGUCCAGAGCUAGUUGAAAUUGACCUUAGUAGUUAGCCACACACUAAUCAGUUGCUUUCUCCUCUCAUUUGCAAAGUUUAUAUUGCCAUCAUUUAAACUGCAUGGUCUUAUUGUGUAGAUUUCUGUACAUAGCCAAAAAAACAAAAGUAAGAUGGUUUAAUUUGAAGUUGAAGUUAGGGUUAGAAGGCGCUAUCAAGCAAAAUGAUUUGCAUUAUGGACUCCUGAAAUACCAAAACUCGAUGGACACUUAUGGUGUCGAAGUUUAUUUAUUUGAAUAGUUUCUAGUAAUUUAUUUUUAAUAUCUAAUCUUGAAGCAAAUACUUAGUUAAUUCUGUACCGAUUUAGCCAAAAUUUAACCAAUUUUUAUA